AUGACCCCUUUCUGGUUCCAUGGCCCCAGCGACCCUCCUCAAGAUGCUCGAUUCGACCCCAGCCGGCUGCGCGACGCUCCACCACAAAUGGAGCUGAAAAGUGUGCAAGACCUGCUCCGCAUGAAUGAUGAGUACCUGGGCCGCUAUAUCUCGAAGUAUUUCGCACACUAUGGAGACCUCGAUAUCACCGCAAGCGGCGGCACAGAUGAUAUGCCCAAGGACACUGUCGAUGAGCUCCAGAAGCGAAUUCGAGACUGGAAAGAAAAGCAGGGGCGGCGCAUCAAUAAACGCUCCAUAGUCAUUCACAUUGGGCUACUGAACAAGCUCGACGAACGGCUACACGAGGUGGUAGACAAGGGCCAGAUUCCCACCUGGAAACCGCGCAAUGGUGUUAGCCCAUCGCCAGAGCUAGGAACCCCGAUGUUGUGGUGCCAGAAAGGGCUUCCGAAAGACAAGAAAAUCGAGAAAACCGACCGCGCUUGGUACAUGGAAAACUACAAUCGGCUGGAGGAAGACGGAGGCCGCGCAAUUGUCGACGUUGAAGGUUUGAGGGAGCUAAAGGGGACGCCAGAGUACCUUGCCCAAUACAUAUGGCCCUGGACCUAUGCCUUGGGGAUCCCGAAAGACAGGCCAAGCGAUGUGUUCGAACAGCAAUUGGCCACCUGGGAAUUCUUCCGCAGAUGGCAGCGUUAUAACCGUGGGCUGCAUGACACGGGCGGGUUUGAGGAAUUCGCGAUCCAUUCCUGGCGCAAGAAUAAAUUCAUGGGAACAGAGGAAGACUAUAACAAGUUUCUCGAAGACAUAAGAAGCGACAACCCUUCAGUUCUGAAGGAGGAAUGGAAGCAGGAGCAAAUAUUGCGGACCCAGCUGCAAAAACAUUGGCGAGAGGACUGUGAAGGCUUCGACGACUACGGUGCCGCCGUGGAACGGCGAUUGGCUAAGCAUGGAGUCGACAAGACUUUCAAGCCCAACAUUGAUGCCAGGAGCCAAGAUCCAGUCACGACAUGGAUUGAAUACCUGGGUCAUAUGUUUUGGGUCUUAGACGUCCAAACCGAGCAGAACGAGGAAAUGCUAGCUGAGAACGAGCUAUACGUUGCCACAUUGACCUUUGAGGACCGCAGUCUUGACCGAGAUGACCCUGACUGGGAGGCCAAUCUACAAAAGGCCCAGAAGGGCCUCGAUCAGGCCAAGGAGAAUUGUCAAAAGCUCGCGGCCAGGGGUCAAUCAAAGGGGUCAAUCUUCUGGCAGCCUUACGAUUUGCAUGAUAUGAGCACUAUAGUAGCCUGUACAAAGCAGCUUACAAUACUUAUCCAAGCCGAGCUGCGUUUCGUCAAAGAUCGCGCGCAGCCACCACAAAAUAGCCUCCCCACGGAGGCAUCUCUUGAUGGAGCUACCAGAGCAGCGGAACAGAUUGCCGCUGUCGCCAUACAAGAGGGUCCAGAGGAUACCACCCCUCAGCUUGAUCAGUCGCAGCAGGUGGUGAGCACACAGCCCACCUCGCCGUUGGAUGCGCCAGGCAAUCCCACAUCCAGGAGCUUGAAGCGAAAGGGGUCCUUCUCAGAACAGAGCGAGCGCAACACAAAGUCUCGGAAGUGCUCCAAUGGCAACGGCUCCCACCCAGCACAGGCGCCUCGUCGCAGUGAGCGAAUCCCGAAGCUGAAGAGGAAGAGGGAGGAGGAUGAGCAAAAGGCUCGGGAGGAGGAGGCCAAGAAGGCCAAGAAAGAGGAGGAGGCCAAGGAGGCGAGGGCUGAGAAGAGGGCUAUGAAGCUCCAGGCGGAGAGGGAGAAGAAACAGGCCGAAAAAGCUGCAAAGGCCGCAAGGGCUGCAGAGGCAAAGGCUGCAAAGGCUGCAAGGGCUGCAAGGGCUGCAGAGGCAAGGGCUGCAAGGGCUGCAAGGGCUGAGAAGGCUGAGGCUGCGAAGGCUGUGACGUCUGCGAGGGUUUCGAAGGCUACAAAUCCCAUAUACACCCAACCAGUUCGGUGCAGCACUCGUGACACCAAAAACCAAACAGAUUGGGCUUCCCACCGGUACCAGCAUAGUUCAGUCUAUUUAGCUGCGCCCAGGGCUCCGGUCAGUUGA